AUGGCUCCCACUCAACAUGACCCAAAUGCCUACAUAAAGGCGUUGAGAGCACCUCCACCGCCGGGCUCACCGUACUCCCUCCCCAUCCCGGGCAGUGAGCGCGAAGGUCGAAGCCCAGUGUACCGCCAUUUCCGCUGCAUCAACUCGCCGCUGAUCUCGACCAUCCAUCCGGAUAUUCGCACCGCCCACGACUCCUUUGAAUACUCGCUGAAGAAGAAGCCAAACGCGAGAUGUCUGGGGUCCCGGCCUUACGACGCAGCCACGAAGAGCUUUGGCAAGUAUGAAUGGAUGUCAUAUGCGGAAGUCGGAGUGCGGCGAAAGAACUUCGGCGCUGGUCUGGUCGAGUUGCACAAGAAGGCUGGUAUCACGGAUGAGAAAUACGGUGUUGGCCUGUGGUGCCAGAACAGGCCGGAAUGGCAGAUCACUGACCUCGGAUGCAUGUCUCAGUCGCUGUAUUCGGUUUCCAUCUACGACACUCUCGGCCCCGACACCACCGAAUACAUUAUCAACCAUGCCUCCCUAGCCUGCGUUGUCACAAGUCUCGUCCACGUUCCAGCCCUGCUCAAGCUGGCCCCGCGGAUCCCAACUUUAAAGCUCAUUGUGUGUAUGGAUCCUCUUGAUGCUGGAGAACAACCGGGAUAUUCCAAGAAAGACCUUUUGAACUCCCUUGCCGCGGAUGCGGGCAUCGCCAUCCAUUAUUUGCAAGAUGUUGAGGCCCUUGGUGCUGCUUCCGGACGGCCAAUGAAGGCUCCGGCCGCUGACGAUAUCAUUACGAUUAACUAUACGUCAGGUACGACCGGCAAUCCCAAGGGAGUGGUUUUAAAGCAUGCAAAUGCCGUCGCCGCUAUUACUGUUUCUCGGAUGGUAUCAGAUACAGACCCGUCUGAUGUUGUUAUCUCGUAUCUUCCGUUGGCACAUAUUUACCAGAGAGUCACGGAGCAUAAUGCUCUUUCUGCAAACGCCUCGAUUGGAUACUUCCGUGGCGACAUUUUGGGACUCGUGGACGAUAUGAAGCUGCUCCAACCCACUGGAUUUAACUCCGUUCCCAGACUAUUUAACCGGUUCGGCUCAGCUAUUCGUGCUGCAACAAUUGAUGCGCCAGGCAUGAAGGGAACCAUCGGCCGACAUGUGAUCAAUGCCAAGUUAGCGUCGAUGAAGCUUCCUCCUGGACAAGCAACCAACAAGCACAUGCUUUAUGAUCGCUUCUUCACCCCCAAGAUCAGGGCUGCCGUGGGGUUGACACGUGCCCGUGGUAUGGUCACUGGAAGUGCACCUCUGGACCCUACAUUACAUCAAUUCCUUCGAGCAGCUUUCGGCAAUGAUUUCAUCCAGGGCUUCGGCAUGACAGAGUCAUAUGCCGUCGGGCUUGCGCAGCAUCACACUGACUACUCAGCUGGAAACUGUGGUGGGCUCGCAGUGGCAUUCGAAGCAUGCUUGCAAUCCGUGCCAGAUAUGGACUACCUCGUCACAGACAGCCCAAAUCCAAGAGGUCAAUUGAUGCUCAAGGGCAAGUCACUCUUCGAGGAGUAUUACAAGAAUGAGGUGGAAACCAAGAAGGCAUUCACGGAAGACGGCUGGUUCCAAACCGGCGACAUCGUCGAAAUCGACUCCAUGGGUCGCUUCACGAUCAUCGACCGCGUUAAGAACGUCCUGAAGCUCGCCCAGGGAGAGUACAUCUCCCCCGAGCGAAUCGAGAACGUCUACCUCGCCAACAGCAACCUCCUCACACAAGGCUACGUGCACGGCGACUCCACCCAAGCAUUCCUCGUUUCCGUCUGGGGCGUUGAUCCGGUCACAUUCGCACCAUUCGCCAGCCGCGUGCUAAAACAGAAUAUCGACCCCACGGAUCUCGAAGCCAUCAAGCUCGCUGGGAAAGAUAUCCGUGUCCGAAAAGCCCUGCUCAGCGACAUGGAUAAGAUUGCGAAGAAGAAUAAGUUUAACAGCUACGAGCGCGUUCGCAACGUGUAUCUUGACAUUGAGCCAUUUACCAUUGAGAACCAGCUUUUGACCCCUACCCUGAAACUCAAACGCCCGCAGACAGCAAAGAAAUUCAGACAGGAGCUUGAUAUUAUGUAUGAGGAAUCCCUUGCGGAGGAUUCUAUGAAGGCGAAAUUGUAA